GUUUUAUUAUUAUUUUUUUUUACCAGGUCUAAAAGAAACAAAGAGUACCUCCUGAAUGUUGGCUCUGCAAAGAUUCCCGUAUAUUGUCACAUGACUAAGCAUAUGCUUGACGCAUGCGGAGGAGGAGGAUGGACGCUGGUGAUGAAGAUCGAUGGCUCAAAGGUAUCAAAAGUUAAAUGUUAUCACAAGCAGUUCUGUCGGUCUGUCACUUAAAUUCAGACUAUUAUUAAGGUCAACAAAGAGGGUAACAGUGGAUCUAGUAAGUGUAGGCUUGAUAACUGUUAGCUCGAUGAUUUAUCAAUGCAGCGAAGACCACGAUAUAUAUGCUGAUAUUACAUUUGUCAAAUUAUAAAGGAGAAAAGCGAUAGUGCGUUAGCUGAAUAACUUACAUGAUGUUUUCUUUAUUAAUUCAAUCAGAAAACCUUUCACUACAAUUCUAAACUGUGGAGCAACAAAGUCGACUUCAAUCUUCCAGGAGGGAAGACUGGGUUGGACACUCACGAGACCAAGUUACCGACUUAUUGGAACACACCGUUUAACAAGAUCUGUCUUGGAAUGAAGAUCGGUCAGCAGUUCAAGUCUGUUGUCAUCAACCAUCAAGCCAGAUCCCUGUAUUCACUGAUCGCAGAUGGCAAAUACCGAGCUACUUCACUGGGCCGAAACACGUGGAAGAAUCUCAUUGGCUCUCGGGCCUCUUUACAACCCAACUGUAACAAAGAGGGAUUCAAUGCCAUAGGUGCCAGUACCGCACACAGCAAAGCGAGAAUUGGUAUCAUUAGUAACGAGCAAAAUGAUUGUAACAGCUGCGACUCCAGAAUCGGGUUCGGCACUGGAGGGUACGGUGAUGACUCCAACACGUGUGGCAACGAAGCUACAGCCCGGCCAGAUAAUGGCGACCAGCAUAUCAAAGCUAUGGGAUACAUCUUGGUUCAAUAA